AACGUCUGAGUAAGUGUAGUACAGACGUCGCUGCUGAGGCCGGCUAAACCAAGUCUGUAGUCGUAGAAUAACGCGCGCGAUCACAUUUUUCGCCUUGUUGCAGGAUUUUUUUGUGAACCCUUUGCUUCGAGACAAUUUUUUGCUUUAAUUUGUUCCACUUUUGAAGAUAGUUUGGUGCAUUGUUCUGAUUGAGUUUUCAAAAGCGAUUUUAAUGUAAAAUAAAAUGGGUGACAAACAAUCGGACAAAUUCCAAUACUUGCGAGGAUAUAUUUCAGCUGCAACUGAAUAUGCCAAACACCAAAAUGAAACAGAUGCAGCAGCUAUACAAAGAAAUCUUGCUGCAAUCAGUGCAACAAGUGACCUAAGCAUAUUUGAACCAGGAAGCAGUAUAGUUGCUAUUUUUUAUGUCAGUCUACAUGAAUUAAUGAAUUCUAUAGGAUCAAGAUCUAGUUUAAUUUGGAGUUUAGUUGACGUAUUACAAACAGCCUGUAAAAAUAGUAACGCUAGAUUUGCCCUUGUGCACACUUACAAAUUUGCACCUUUGCUGGCAAAAUUGUUAGAGGCCAAUUUGACUUCAGAAAAAAGAAUAAGAGCCUUGAAGUUAAUGCAAGACUUAACUUAUGGUAUAAAUAUUUCUUGGCAAGAGGCUCACUUACCAUAUUUAAUUAAAACUUUAUCUAACUGGGUGACACAAUCCAAUGAGGAAGAAGUUAUUACACUCUCAUUAGGCGUUCUUGUUAAUUUAUGCUACAAAAACCUACCAGCUGUAUAUGCUCUGAUGCGAAGUGUGAACACAAAAACAUUUUUGCAAAGUGUAGUACGUACUCGAGGUCAAAAUAUUAAUGUCAGAGUUCAAUGUUGCAAGCUGCUUAUAAUUCUGGAACAUUCCAACAGUGAAAUUUUAGAAUCGUAUAUUUUGGAUGUAGCAGCUGUUACUUUUACUAAUAUCAUACCUACAUUAAAGUCAGAGGAUGUUCUAUUGCUACGACACAUUGUUGACUUUUUUGAUGAUAUCAGACAAAAUGAACGUUUUAGAACAGUUUUAUUGACAUAUUCAAAAUACAAUCUAGAUGUAAAAAAUAUUAUAGAAACUGUAACAAGUGUAUCUAAUCAAGAAUGCAUUGGGCUUAUUAUAGAUUUCCUUCUUUCUUUGGUAAAACUCAAAGUGCCUCAUUUGAUGGAGUUAUAUCCUGUAAUAGUUAAGGCAGCUAUUUCUAAAGUAUCCUUAAAAAAUGUUGGUUCCAAAGCUUUAGCUUUGAUUAAAGCUAUCAUAGUGGAUUCAAGAAGAACCAAAAUCAAUGUUGAUGUCUUGGAGGAGUUGGACUUUUCAUUAUUGAAUCUGUUAAUAAACGAAGAAGAAAUGGAAGUUGAUUCAGAUGAGAAUUAUGCAAAUAAUGAAAAAACUUUAUCAGAGCUUAUGCAGCUUUUACAAGAAUUAGUAAAGACUCCAGCAAUAAGAACAAAAGUUUUAGAAAUUUUCACUGUACAAAAAGUUAGGUUUUUAUUGAAAUCAGUAUUAGAGUACAACAAUGAUACCCAACUCCUUGAUAAGCCUACAGAUUUGUUCAAUGAUACAUCAACUGAUUUUCAUAUUCAUGCUUUAGCAUUUAUAGCAGAUUUAGCAAUUAACAAUACUCAUUGGUUAACAUUAUAUACAGAGUUAUUACAGAAAAAACAAAUGCAGAUAAUAAUGGCUGUUGCAUUGUUUAGUGGAGACAGUGAAGUAAAACAAAAAGUUUUACAACUAACAUCAACAGUUGGAUUCCCUCAAGAAUGUAUAUCAGCAGUUGCACGUUGUAUGUCUGAAUUAGAACCAUUAAUGUUAGUUCGAGAAAAAAAUGUCACAAAAAUACCAGAAAGUUUGAUAAACAAUCAUGAUUCUUUACCAUUAAUUACAAUGGUCCAAGAAGGAAGGCUUGAUGCAUUUUUAGAUAGACUUCGAGAAGCUUUUGAAAAUAAUAAAUUAUCAGAUAUUAUGACAUCUUCUAUAAUGGAGCUUUAUGAGUAUAAGAUGGCUGCUAUGAAGCACGCUGAAAGGUCCAUGCAAUCCAGUUUAGAAGCUUCAACUAAUCAUGCUACAAGAUUGCAACACAGAUUAGCACAAGUCAUUGCUCAAUCUAGCCAAUUGCAUCAACUUUUAUUCAAUACACAACAAUGUUUAGAAGGUUCACAGAUAGAGAAAGCUGCCUUGAUGAAAAAAAUCAUAGAAACAGAAGAAAAUACCAAGAAAACUCAUUCCACCCAAAAUCAGGAGAUUUGUAGUUUGAAGAAAAUCGUAGUGGAGAAAGAUCACCAAAUUAGCCGCUUCAGUGCACAUAUAAAAGAAUUAGAAAGUAAAAAUGAAGAGAUACCAAUAUUAAUUGCCAAAACUAAUGAUUUGGAGUCUACUGUUGAAAAAAUGAAAAAUCAACUCAAGCAAGCUACAUCUAAAAAUCAAGAGCUUACUAAAUUACUACAAAAAUUACAAGAAAGUUUGAGUCGAAAAGACCAGGUCAUAGAAGAAAAAAACAGAGAAAUUUUAUCAAAUCAAAACGACAUUGCAGCUUUAAAUCAAGAAAUUAAAGCUCAAGUUCAACAAUGCCAUAGUUAUCAAAUGACAAUCGCAGAAAAAGAAGAAUCUGUGCAGAAAUUGCAAUCCGAACUGCAUAAUUUGAGCCGUAUGCGUGAUAUGAUAUUUGAGUUGACUGCAAAGAAAAAAGAUGAUUUAUAGUAUAUAUAAGACUUUAUCUAAAUUAUAGAACAAAUAUAAAAUUGCAAAGAUAUUGUGAAUCGUUUUUAUGCGUUGAAAGUAAACAAGUAUUUUUACAAAACAUCGAUAUUACAUAAAUAUAAGAUUUCUUUAUAUAUAUAAUAUAUAUAAAGGUUAAACCUAUUUUUCAACAUUUCAAUAUAAAUCCAUUUAUUUGAUUACAUCAUUAUCCAUCUAGGCACAUUAAUUUACAAUAAAUUGAAUCUAACUGAACCUCUCAUUGUAAGGCGAAAAACGUUUAUAUUUCUUUCAAUUCUAGACAUUAUAAAAA